GCAACAACACUUAUUUGUUUUAGUUUUGUGUGCUGUGCUGUUGGCUUCUUCUGAUGCACUAAUUCAGCAAAUUUUCUAGUAGAGGUUAUCGUGAGAUUGCAGGCCGAGAGGAUGGCCGCUCGAGUGUAUUUCUCAUUGACUGCUGUUUUAUUGUGUUUGAUCGGAUACUUGAGCAUAACUCAUGCUAAUCAAAGACGAACCACAGUGGAUGGUUACUGUCCGGCGACGCUGACGGUCGUGCCAUCCCAUCGAGGAUGUACCUCUGAUGACGACUGCCCUGGAGGACACAAAUGCUGUCGAUUUGACUGUGGUCCUGUUUGUGUGCUGCCUGUUUUCAUGAAGCCAGGGCAAUGCCCCAUACCGGAGAUGAUUCCACUGUGUGCUGAAGGUUGUUUCCAUGAUGGCCAGUGUCCUGCCACACAGAAAUGUUGCCCCGCCACUGGUGGCUUUGCAUGCAGUGAACCACGUGGUCAGGGAAGCGGUCAGGCAAGUUGUCAAGUAAGGGGCCAGGCAAGUGGCAUUGGCCAGGGCAGUGUCAAGGGAGGUGGCAUUGGCCAGGGCAGCAGUAUUGGUCAUGGUAUUGGUGGCGUUGGCCAAGGCAGCAUCAAGGGAGGCAGCAUUGGACAGGGAAGUAAUAUUGGUCGCAGCAUUGGCCAGGGAAGUGGAAUUGGCCAGGGCAGCAUCAAGGGAGGCAGCAUUGGCCAGGGAAGUGGAAUUGGCCAGGGCAGCAUUGGCCAGGGAAGUGGAAUUGGUCACGGUACUGGUGGCAUUGGCCAGGGAAGUGGAAUUGGUCACGGCAUUGGCCAGGGAAGUAGUAUUGGUCACGGUAUUGGUGGCAUUGGCCAGGGAAGUGGAAUUGGUCACGGCAUUGGCCAGGGAAGUAGUAUUGGUCACGGCAUUGGCCAGGGAAGUAGUAUUGGUCACGGUAUUGGUGGCAUUGGCCAGGGAAGUGGAAUUGGUCACGGCAUUGGUCAGGGAAGUGGAAUUGGUCACGGCAUUGGCCAGGGAAGUGGAAUUGGUCGCGGCAUUGGCCAGGGAAGUAGUAUUGGUCACGGCAUUGGCCAGGGAAGUAGUAUUGGUCGUGGCAUUGGCCAGGGAAGCGGAAUUGGCCAGGGCAGCAGUAUUGGUUACGGUAUUGGCGGUGUUCGCCAGGGGAGCAUCAAGGGAGGCAGCAUUGGCCAGGGAAGUGGAAUUGGCCAGGGUAGUAGUAUUGGUCACGGUAUUGGCGGCAUUGGCCAGGGAAGUGGAAUUGGCCAGGGCAGCAUCAAGGGAGGCAGCAUUGGCCAGGGAAGUGGAAUUGGCCAGGGUAGUAGUAUUGGUCACGGUAUUGGCGGCAUUGGCCAGGGAAGUGGAAUUGGCCAGGGCAGCAUCAAGGGAGGCAGCAUUGGCCAGGGAAGUGGAAUUGGCCAGGGCAGCAGUAUUGGUCGCCGCAUUGGCCAGGGAAGUGGAAUUGGCCAGGGUAGUAGUAUUGGUCGCGAAAUUGGCGGCAUUGGCCAGGGAAGUGGAAUUGGCCAGGGCAACAGUAUUGGUCGCGGCAUUGGCCAGGGAAGUAGUAUUGGUCACGGCAUUGGCCAGGGAAGUAGUAUUGGUCGUGGCAUUGGCCAGGGAAGUGGAAUUGGCCAGGGCAGCAGUAUUGGUUACGGUAUUGGCGGUGUUCGCCAGGGGAGCAUCAAGGGAGGCAGCAUUGGCCAGGGAAGUGGAAUUGGCCAGGGUAGUAGUAUUGGUCACGGUAUUGGCGGCAUUGGCCAGGGAAGUGGAAUUGGCCAGGGCAGCAUCAAGGGAGGCAGCAUUGGCCAGGGAAGUGGAAUUGGCCAGGGUAGUAGUAUUGGUCACGGUAUUGGCGGCAUUGGCCAGGGAAGUGGAAUUGGCCAGGGCAGCAUCAAGGGAGGCAGCAUUGGCCAGGGAAGUGGAAUUGGCCAGGGCAGCAGUAUUGGUCGCCGCAUUGGCCAGGGAAGUGGAAUUGGCCAGGGUAGUAGUAUUGGUCGCGAAAUUGGCGGCAUUGGCCAGGGAAGUGGAAUUGGCCAGGGCAACAGUAUUGGUCGCGGCAUUGGCCAGGGAAGUGGAAUUGGCCAGGGCAACAGUAUUGGUCGCGGCAUUGGCCAGGGAAGUGGAAUUGGCCGGGGCAGCAGUAUUGGCCACGGUAUUGGUGGCGUCGGCCAGGGCAGGGGAAUUGGCCAGGGCCCCGGUAUUGGUCAUGGUGUGGGCCAGGGCAGUGGAGUUGGCCAAGGUGUGGGCCAGGGCAGCGUUGUUGGCCAGGGCAGCAGUCAGGGCACCAGUAUUGGCCAAGGUGUGAGCCAGGGCAGCGUUGUUGGCCAGGGCAGCAGUCAGGGCACCAGUAUUGGCCAAGGUGUGAGCCAGGGCAGCGGACUGGGCCAGGGCAGUGGAAUUGGCCAAGGUGUUAGCCAGGGGAGCGUUGUUGGCCAGGGCAGCAGUCAGGGCACCAGUAUUGGCCAGGGUGUGAGCCAGGGCAGCGUUGUUGGCCAGGGCAGCAUUCAGGGCACCAGUAUUGGCCAAGGUGUGAGCCAGGGCAGCGUUGUUGGCCAGGGCAGCAGUCAGGGCACCAGUAUUGGCCAAGGUGUGAGCCAGGGCAGCGUUGUUGGCCAGGGCAGCAGUCAGGGCACCAGUAUUGGCCAAGGUGUGAGCCAGGGCAGCGUUGUUGGCCAGGGCAGCAGUCAGGGCACCAGUAUUGGCCAAGGUGUGAGCCAGGGCAGCGUUGUUGGCCAGGGCAGCAGUCAGGGCACCAGUAUUGGCCAAGGUGUGGGCCAGGGUAGCGGACGGGGCCAGGGCAGUGGAAUUGGCCAAGGUGUUAGCCAGGGCAGCGUUGUUGGCCAGGGCAGCAGUCAGGGCACCAGUAUUGGCCAAGAUGUGAGCCAGGGCAGCGUUGUUGGCCAGGGCACCAGUAUUGGCAAAGGUGUUAGCCAGGGCAGCGUUGUUGGCCAGGGCAGCAGUCAGGGCACCAGUAUUGGCCAAGGUGUGAGCCAGGGCAGCGGACUGGGCCAGGGCAGUGGAAUUGGCCAAGGUGUGAGCCAGGGCAGCGUUGUUGGCCAGGGCAGCAGUCAGGGCACCAGUAUUGGCCAAGAUGUGAGCCAGGGCAGCGUUGUUGGCCAGGGCAGCAGUCAGGGCACCAGUAUUGGCCAAGGUGUGAGCCAGGGCAGCGUUGUUGGCCAGGGCAGCAGUCAGGGCACCAGUAUUGGCCAAGGUGUUGGCCAAGGUGUGGGCCAGGGCAGCGGAGUUGGCCAAGGUGUGGGCCAGGGCAGCGGACGGGGCCAGGGUGUGGGUCAGGGCAGCGGACGGGGCCAGGGCAGCGGACUUGGCCAAGGUGUGGGUCAGGGCGGCGGACGGGGCCAGGGAAGCGGAAUUGGCCAAGGUGUGGGUCAGGGCGGCAGACGGGGCCAGGGAAGCGGAAUUGGCCAAGGUGUGGGUCAGGGAAGCAGCCAGGGCCCCGGUAUUUGUCAUGGUGUGGGCCAGGGCAGUGGAGUUGGCCAAGGUGUGGGCCAGGGCAGCGUUGUUGGCCAGGGCAGCAGUCAGGGCACCAGUAUUGGCCAAGGUGUGAGCCAGGGCAGCGUUGUUGGCCAGGGCAGCAGUCAGGGCACCAGUAUUGGCCAAGGUGUGAGCCAGGGCAGCGUUGUUUGCCAGGGCAGCAGUCAGGGCACCGUUAUUGGCCAAGGUGUGGGCCAGGGUAGCGGACGGGGCCAGGGCAGUGGAAUUGGCCAAGGUGUUAGCCAGGGCAGCGUUGUUGGCCAGGGCAGCAGUCAGGGCACCAGUAUUGGCCAAGAUGUGAGCCAGGGCAGCGUUGUUGGCCAGGGCACCAGUAUUGGCAAAGGUGUUAGCCAGGGCAGCGUUGUUGGCCAGGGCAGCAGUCAGGGCACCAGUAUUGGCCAAGGUGUGAGCCAGGGCAGCGGACUGGGCCAGGGCAGUGGAAUUGGCCAAGGUGUGAGCCAGGGCAGCGUUGUUGGCCAGGGCAGCAGUCAGGGCACCAGUAUUGGCCAAGGUGUGGGCCAGGGCAGCGGAGUUGGCCAAGGUGUGGGCCAGGGCAGCGGACGGGGCCAGGGUGUGGGUCAGGGCAGCGGACGGGGCCAGGGCAGCGGACUUGGCCAAGGUGUGGGUCAGGGCAGCGGACGGGGCCAGGGAAGCGGAAUUGGCCAAGGUGUGAGCCAGGGCAGCGGUAUUGGCCAAGGUGUGAGCCAGGGCAGCGUUGUUGGUCAGGGCAGCGUUGUGGGCCAGGGAAGCAGCCAGGGUACUGGUAUCGGCCAGGGUAGUGGACGAGGUCAGGGCAGUGGAAUUGGCCAAGGUGUGGACCAGGGCAGUGGAGUUGGCCAGGGAAGCAGCCAGGGCUCCGGUAUUGGUCAUGGUAUGGGCCAGGGAAGUGGACAGGGCCAGGGCAGCGGACGGGGCCAGGGUAGUGGUGUUGCUCAAGGUGUGGGCCAGGAUAGCGUAGUGGGCCAAGAUGGCGUAGUGGGCCAGGAUAGCGUAGUGGAUCAAGGUGUGGGCCAGGAUAGCGUAGUGGAUCAAGGUGUGGGCCAGGAUAGCGUAGUGGGCCAAGGUAGCAGCCAGGGCACCGGAAUUGGUCAUGGUGUUGGCCAGGGAAACAGCCAGGGCAGCAGUAUAGGCCAGGAAAGUUAAUGGGGAAGUGGUAUUGGCCAGGGAAGCAUUCGAGGGAAUUGUCAGGGAUGUGGUCAAGGAAAUGGUCAUGGGAAUUUUGCAUGACACUUACUGGAGAUCUUUUCCAAUUCAGUGCUCUAAACCAUUUAAGCAAACCAGGGAAAAGAUGCCAAGUGAAUGGUUUCUGUCUCUUCCCCCAACUACCACCAUCUCAAAUAAAAAACAAUUGCUUUA